AUGAAAACGGAACCAGUGAAGGAAACCUUGAAUUUAACCAAUGGGAGGAAGAGAUCUGCUGCAGUGAUGGAAAGUGAGGUGGGUGAAAAUGUUUUAUGUAAGACAGAAUCCUCAUUGAAUCUCGAGUUGACUCUGGGGGGUUACCGGAUGGAACAAACUCCCCAAAGAGUCAAUAGGAAUGCGAUUGAGCAGAAGCAAUUGGGUAACCGUGAAGUGAAAGUUGAAGAAAAUGUGAACCCUUCUAAUGAUAAGGUUUUGGCGCUGGAAUUCAUUGCCAGACUACAACGCCGCUCCAGAAGUUUCAGACGCUUAAGGAAGAUACAUGGUGUGGAUGUGAAGAAUGAACCUGAGGAUAUAUGCCCAAGAAGAUUGGUUAAGGAUGAAGUGGUAGAAGAUUGGGAGAAUGAGGAGAAGGUUGCGGUGAAUGAGAACAAUGGUGUGUUCGUGGAGGAAAGGCGCGUAAAUGCCCUUGAAAUGUUAAGAGAAGAACAUGAAAGAAAUAAGAGGAUAGUUGAAAACCUGAACACAGGAAAGCGAACUGUGCUUUCGUGGAUGAUUGAUGUGAAGACACUGAAAUCACGAGAGAGGGUUUAUUACAUGGAUCACAAGAGCAAACAAGCAUCACUCGGUGGAGCUGUGGUUAGAGAUGGCAUUCUGUGUGACUGUUGUUCUGAAGUUGUGUCCAUUUCUGAGUUUGAAUUUCACUCAUGGAGACAAGACUUCUCUCCAGGGUUGAAAAGAUCUGACCCACUGCGCAACAUAUGUUUGGCCAGGGGAAGAGGACUUUGUCUCUUGCAAUGCAUGGCAGAGGCCUGGGAAAAGGAAGAGGAAUCUACUGGUAACUUCUAUAACUUGAUUCCUGUUAAUGGACAAGAAAAAAACGACGAUACUUGUAUUCUCUGCUGGGAAAUGGGAGACCUCACUUGUUGCGAUGGUUGCCCAUCAACUUUCCAUCAAGACUGCCUGGGUAUUCAACCAAACUUUGAGUAUAUGCAUUUCCAGCGGGUCGUUGGUACUGUACGAACUGCUGUUGCAAAUUUUGUGGGUUGUUUUGUGGAAGUUCUGAAGGUUUUGUCCACUUUCGGAUAUCGGCCAUAUGCCGUUUAUGCGAGAAAAGAUGUAUAUCACAUAUCCUGUCUUCAGGCCAAUGGAGGCAAUGUUGCUCUUGCUCAAGAUGCAUCCUUUUGUGGAAAUGGAUGUAAGGAGAUAUAUGAGAAACUUGGACAUCUGCUUCGGGUUAAGCAUUAUAUGGAAGGUGGAUUUUCUUGGUCUUUUCUUUACCGGUCAGAGGUUGACUCUAAAGCUCUAAUGAUAGAUAGUCGUUUGGCUGAAUGCAAUGCAAAACUGGGUGUUGCAUUAUCUGUACUGAAUCAGAGCUUCAUGCCAUUCAACGAAGAGGAAAUCGGGGUUGAUAUAAUGCGAAGUAUUAUAUAUGGUUGUGGGUCAAACAUCCCUCGCCUGGAUUUUAAGGGGUUUUUCACUGCGAUUCUAGAGACUGAUGAUGAGGUUACCAGCGUCGCUUCAAUCAGGAUUCAUGGGAAAAAACUAGCAGAGAUGCCAUUUGCUGCAACCGCUUUUAAUCACAGGGAGAAAGGAAUGUUCACCCGGCUUCUGCAGCGAAUUGAAUCGGCACUCAGCUUCCUAGAUAUUGAGUUAUUGCUCUUACCAGCUGUGCAUCAAGGAAGACAAAUUUGGGUUCGUUCUUUUGGGUUUGAGCCACUUGAUACGAACACCAAGAACAUGAUAAUGGGCAUGGAUCUGAAGGUAUUUAGUGGCACAGAAAUGUUGCAGAAAAGGAUACCAAAGCUUACAUAA